AUGAGCGACAGUGCAGCCGCCGAAACGGCUCCUCUAUCCUCCGCCAUCACCAAACCCAAGAUUCUCAAGAAGAAGAAGGCGGCGGCUCCCAGGAAAAAACCAGCCGGUCCCGGGUUGGGCGAGCGGAUUGUGAAGAUUGUCGGCGAGAGCAGCGAUCGGAAGGGGACGUCUCUGGCCGCUGUAAAGAAGGCACUGCAAAGAAGCGGAGUCAAUGUGGAGAAGCAAAAUGUACAGAUCAGGAUGGCUAUCAAGAGGUGUCUGGCGAAAGGCUCCCUGGUUCUGGUCAAGGGCCAGGGCGUCUCCGGCUCCUUCAAACUCCCUAAGAAUCCAGUCAAGGCAAAAGUGGGAAAGAAGGCGAGACCAGCAGCAUCCGCCAAGAAACCAGCCGUGAAGAAAACAACGGCCAAGAAGGUGACAGCGAAGAAAUCCCCAACCAAGAAAGCAACAGGCAAGAAAGCGGCCGUCAAGAAGGCAGCAACGCCAAAGAAAGCGGUGAAGAAAGCAGCGCCUAAGAAAAAGACUCCCGUGAAGAAGGUGAAAAAGACCAAGAGCCCCAAGGCCGCAAAACCGGUCCCGAAAUCGGUUAAACCGAAGGCCAAGCCCAAAGCGAAAGUGACCAAGAAAGCAGCAAAGAAAUGAAGCAGUCUGUGCAACAUGUAACCUUCUGAAUCCAAAGGCUCUUCUCAGAGCCACCCACAUCUCUCAGGAAAGAGCUGAGCCCGGAUCAAAUGAUCCCUGUCCUCGCUCCGAGUGCAGGGAUAAAUUACACAUUAAUUUAUGUGAAUAACUCGUCCCCAUUUCUCUACCGGAUUUACACCCAGCCCCCCCCAACACUCGUAACACUCGCCCUGAAACCCUGCUUCGCAACACAAUCCCCAAGCAAUGAUUUUCUCUUUCAGCUGAAUAAACAGAAACUGACAUUGAAAUGGAAGCAACCGUGUUGACUUGUUAAGAAAGGCCGGGAAAUGGUCAUUUAAUUGUAUCACAAGUACUUUUUAAAAAUCCUGUUUUUAUUAUCUUUGACCAUGAAGCUCGAGUCUGCAGAUUUUCUGCUGAUCGUUGUGUUCACUGCUCUUGUGGAGAAAAGGUUUCGUUCCAGAUCCAGUUGGGGGCGGGAGUAAGCUGGAGGCGGAGCUGGAUAUUUCUCUGCUGCCACGUUGUUAACUAUCCGGGCCGCCUCUCACUCCAUGUGAGCUCUUUCUCAGUCAGGUCGGGGCGGGCUGUAUAAAAAAGGAAGGUGAGGCAACUCGCCUCUCAAUCGGCAGCGAUUGGAGUGAAGAAGCGUGAUGUCUGGAAGAGGCAAAGGAGGCAAAGGCCUGGGAAAAGGCGG